AGAUGGCUACCUAUGAGGAAGUGAAAGAAGUGCCCAAUCAUCCUGAAGUAUAUUUAAUUGAUGUAAGAAAUAAAGAUGAAGUGACAAAUACUGGCUCCAUACCAGCAAGCAUACAUAUACCAUUGCCCGAAUUGGAAAAUGUCUUGACAAUGUCGGAAGGAGAUUUCCUCACCACAUUUAAACGUGAUAAACCAUCUACUGACUCUGUAAUAAUAUUUAGUUGCAUGAGCGGAAGAAGAGCACAAAUCGCUACAGAUUUGGCUCACAAUCAUGGAUUUAAAAAAGCAAAAUCGUAUCAUGGUUCUUGGUCUGAUUGGGCUAGCAAGCUUGGCUUAUAAAAUGUGAGCGUAAUGGUGGAAUUUUUUACAAGAAAUAAUACAAAUUGAAUUUACAUGCAUAACUUAAUAAAUAAAUAUAGUAGAGCAAGCAU